CGAUCACAGGAUCCAUCUGACGAGAGAGGCCUGGGCGUUGAGAGGUGGUGCCGGGGAAGCGUUUCCAUUUCUCGGCAACAAGGAAGAACGAGAGCCGGAAUUCCAGGAGUUGUGCGUUCUUUGCAAAGUGUAACAGAGAUUGGUGAUGGCGUUGGUGAAAAGUGGAUGGUUGCUCCGACAAAGUACUAUUUUACGACGCUGGAAGAAAAAUUGGUUUGAUUUGUGGUCUGAUGGCCAUUUAUUAUUUUAUGACAACCAACAUAGGCAUGAUCUAGAAGAUAGAGUUCACAUGAAAAUUGACUGUAUCAAUGUCAGAGGGGGAAAUGAAUGCCGAGGUUUUCAGCCUCCGGAGGGCAAAGCUAAAGACUGUUUGCUGCAGAUAAUUAGCCGUGAUGGGAAGGUGCUCAAUCUCUGUGCAGAAAGUACUGAUGAUUGCUUGGCUUGGAAAAUUGCUCUUCAGGAUGCCAGAACAAAUGAAGCUUAUGUUGCUUCUGAGGUGAUGUAUGAUGACAAUGCGAUUUCUUCAGCACCCCCUCCAUAUACAGCUUGUGCAACACCAUCACCUGAGGUUUAUGGUUAUCCACAAUACAAUGGUGCAUAUCCAGGAUCUCAGAUCAUCUACACUUCUAAUGGACAGACAUAUGCUAUACCUUACCAAUACCCAAACCAAGGUCCCUAUGGCCCGCUUCCUGCAAACCAUGUCAUCAUUCGAGAACGUUACCGAGAUACUGAUGGAGACCUGGCAUUGGGCAUGUUGGCUGGGGCAGCAACAGGAAUGGCCCUGGGCUCAUUGUUUUGGGUGUUUUAGGUUUCCUUUGGAGCUUCAGGUUGAAGGAGGUUCUUAUUAUCUUCUUUGUAUAAUAAUCUAUAUAUCAGUAAAGCAGUGUAUAGGCAUUUCAUAAGUUCUAACAAUAUUUUGACUAACUGGAAUUACUUAAUCACAUUCUUAAUCAUCCAGAAAGUUCAUUUUAGUUAAGAAAGGUCAAGUAAAUUUGAGGCUAAGUAAUGAUAAACAAGUAGCAGCAAUAACAAGUGAAGUAUUACUAAUGAUGAAUAAACAGCCACAACUGACUUCUUUUUACAGUGAAAUAUUAACAGUUCUCUUAAAAUUACUUCAGCUGCUGCCUCAGAAGGAAACUCAAGUAUCUUUUUUAAACACUCGAUGAAGACAAAAGAUAAUAACUUUAUAUACUCUGUGGAGAGAGAGAGAGAGAGAGAAAGAGAGAGCGGGGGGAGUAUGAGAAUCUCUAUGUAUAGAUUGAGGUGGUUCUUGCAUUUCAACAGUUGGUAAAUAUUUACCAUAAAGUCAGAUAGCAAUAUAUAAAUCCUCCUAUAAUAGACCAUUAAGCCAUAAACACUCCAACAUUUUGUUUUGAAGCUAUUCCAAUCUGUACUUAAAGGAGUUUGAUGACCAUGCAAAUAAUGUUAGUGUCAUAUAAGUUGCUAUUUUAUUUAGUUGGAAGACUAGCAACUAACUAGUCUCUGGAUCUGCUGAGUUGAAUUGUUAGCCCUCUUAGCCAAGUGGAGAGUAUGUUACUUAGAACUCUCAGAGUUGCCAUCCCAUCCCAUCAGAGGGAUGUUAAGUAGGAAAUAGGGACUACAUAUUAACACUCUCAAUUUGAUAAUUUUAGCUGUGCCAGAAUAAAUCAAGUAGCAAAAGGAUUCAAUCUGCAUGUGAAAAUAAUUGGCUUUGGGUCUGGAUGAAUAAUAGGAGAUGUUAUAGUUCUACUGGGCAUUUAAAGCUUUUUUUAUACUGUUCUAAAUGUAGUAGAAUGAUAUAAAUAGAGAACAGUGGCUAACAAAGACAUUUAUUUCUUUUUAUUGCAAAUUAGUUUUAAUGGGACAUUGUAAAGAGGCUUGUCCUUGGUGAUUAAGACUGCCAUACAUCCAACAGUUUCUGAUGAGUUUCAUUUACUACUUUUAACUCAUACAAUAGUAACAGUGAGAACCUGAUAUUUUUAUAAACAGUGAAUGCCUGUCCUGUUCAAAUAUUAAGAUCUGCAUACAAUUCUUCCAGUUGUCUUUUAUUGUUCUUCGUUUUGCAAAGUUGAAACUUUCAGAGAAGCAGACUUGGGUGAUGCCAAGUACCAUAUAGGCAAGUGCUAAUACAGUGUGUGAUAUCCUGUUGAGAUAGGAUGAUUAAAUCAAAGCUGGAUGAUGACACAAGAAAUCUUAAUACUGGUUUCUGUAAGCUUUGCAUUAAGCAUAUGCUGUUACUUUUUGCCUUAGGUAUAUAUGCAACAACACAAUUUAAUGAGAGAUGUGGGUGUCAUCCAUCAUUGCUGAAUUUUGAAGCUUUCUUUUAAAGAAAUGAAUAAUCUCUCCGCUAAUAUAUUUUUCUUGUUUCAAUAAGUAGAUCCAGUCUAGGAUAUUUCAUGUGAUCACACUGUAAAUUGAAAAUAAUAAAUGUUUCAUAAAUGUAUGUAUUUAAAUAAUUUAUAAGUUAUUUUGAAAUUUAUAAGUUACAUUGGAAGCCUUUAAGAUAUAAGAAACUGAUUAUAUAGUGAAAAUUAAUACUAGUGUUUGCCCUUUUUAUGUAACUUGUCAAGUGCACCUUUUAUGUUUAUCAUAGAUUUUUCCGAAUCCUCUAUUUCUAUCUACUGUAUUUGUACCUUGAAAAAAAUAAAAUAAAAUCUAGUCUUUGAACUGCU